UAGCAGAUAUCAAACCACUGCUGAAUUGUUUUCAGGCAAACGAGCGCCAUUGCUUGCAUCAAAAUCUGAAUCUUACAGUCAAAGUUUCAAAAAGCGUCAAGCAGAUUCAAGGCUUCUCAAUUUUCGAAGCUACAGUAAUUCAAAAUACGACAAGAAUCAAGGGUACGGUGCCGAGGGAAACGAUGCCAAUGCUCCGUAUGAAAUACAUUUUAAGCAUCGCCGAAACUCUUCGCUUGAAAGUGCCAAGAGUGUCGACAUACCACUGAAGCGCUCGUCCACAACCUACCAAGAUUUUUUGCACACAAAAACUCUAGAGGAAGAUGCCAGAGCCCAAAAGCGCGCAGAAGCCGAUGAAGAUGAGGCAUACAGGAUAUUGAAAGAAGGACGCAACAUUGCCAAAUCCAGGGUUGUUUAUAAAUUUGAUCGAACAGCAAGCCAGGAACAGCAAGAUCAAAAUAUCUCAUCAUCGAGCCAAGAUCCUUCACAUUCGAGACCUUCACGGCGGUCAGAAGAAUAUGGACUUGGUGACUUCAGGUACCGACCAGCAACAUCAUUGCAUCUUGAUAUGUAUGAAUCUCACGCCGAAAUGGACAGGAUAAGUCAUUAUUCGAGUAAGAGUAAUCCAUUGGAGAAUCAUUCAAAUUCUUACAUGUAUCACUCCCGACCUUACACAACACUUGACUCGCCCCUCUCAUACAACCAUAGCAUGAACAACUAUCAUCAUCAUAUCGGAUCGAACGUCACUCAGACUUCGACCCAGACCGACGAAACGUCUCUGAGUGCACCUUACACGAACUACAAAACAAUUCCUAACCACUAUCGAUGGCCUGAUGACAACCGGUCCCAGCCACCGAAAAGAAGGUUAUUUAAUUUUAAUUUUAGUUUCUGCAAGAAUCGAAACAUGAAUAAAAAGUCACCCGACAGCAAGUUCAUAUACAUGAGGUCUCCAACUCCACAACACUGUACACAGGUCCUCGCGACGCUAGCGGUGGCGAUCGGGCCGCUGUGCGCCGGCCUCGGCAAGGGCUACUCCUCGCCAGCCCUCGCCUCCAUGGCCGCCCUCUCUGCUCAGGGUCAGCACUUCUCCAUCAGCAAGGAUCAAGGUUCUUGGGUGGCAUCGCUGUCUCUCCUGGGUGCAUUCUUUGGAUCACUGCCCGCUGGAAUGUCCAUACGAUAUGGAAGGAAAAAAGUUCUGUGCCUGGUGGCAGUCCCCUUCGCCCUGUCUUGGGUACUGACGGUGGUGGCUAGUAAUGUUUACAUGCUUUACGUAGCAUCUUUCUUCGGUGGCGUGUGCACAGCGAUCAUUGCAGUCGUAACCCCAGUUUACAUAAGCGAGAUCGCCCACCCUGAUAUACGAGGGUGCUUGUGUAAUUUGUCCAAGUUAAGUAGUAACAUUGGAAUGCUCUUAUCGUACCUCCUUGGGGCCUUUCUGAACUGGAGGGAGCUUGCCACCGUGACAGCCAUUGCCCCAACUUGCCUCUUCAUUGCUGCUUUGCUCAUACCAGAAACACCGAGUUAUUUGCUUUACUGCGGCAGAGAAACUGAAGCCUCGGUUUCACCUUCUUGGCUUCGCAGCGGCCGAGAUGUGUCUCGGGAACUCACUACAAUGAAGGCAAACAUCGCAACGUUCCGUCGACACGAAGGAAUUGAGCCGCCUUCCCUUGCUUUCCGAGACCUCCUCCGUCCUCUGUUCGUCACGUGCGGACUCAUGGUCUUCCAGAAGUUCAGUGGUGCAAAUGCUUUCAACUUUUACGCUGUGCCAAUUUUAUCUGAAACUUUCGUCGGUCUUGAUCCUUAUCGUGCAGCUGUUGUUGUAGCAUUCGUACAGAUAUGCGCUGGUAUGGCGUCAUCAGCUUUGGUUGACACCGUAGGUCGGCGACCACUUCUGGUGUUUUCAAACAUGUUGAUGUCAGCCGCGCUCGCCGCUUUUGGGGGCUACGUGUACUUGAAAGGGCUGGACACUAACGAGAAUAUGUUUGCUCGUCAGCAAUGGAGACAGUCGGACUGGGUUCCCCUCUUCUGCAUAUUAGUAAUUGAAAUCGCAUUUGCUUUAGGUGUGUCGCCAAUCAGCUGGUUGUACAUCGGAGAGUUGUUCCCUCUGAAACAUAGAGGUUUCGGUGCCCUCGCCGCGUCAGUUAGCUACGCCUGUUCAUUUGCGAGCGUCAAAAGCUUCGUAGAUUUGGAUCAAACGCUAGGUCUCUAUGGAACGUUUUGGCUGUACUCGUCUUUAGCAGCCCUGGCGCUGGUCUUUACCUUACUGUUCGUGCCGGAGACCAAGGGUCUGAGUCUACAGGAGAUGCAGGAAACACACAAAGGCGUCUUUAUCUAGCAAGAGGCCGCUCGCCCUCCUCCAAGAUCUCCCCUCCGUCUGCCUACGGUCCAAUGGCACGUGCGGCCUGGGCAGAAACCCUUCAGGGAGAUUUUGCUGUAGCCGAGGGAGAGCGCGCCACUGAAUCUCGUCAUUUUAUCUCGUAGGAUCAUUCAAAUUCUAUGUAAGGAACUUUGAAAAAUUUUAUCAAGGUAUAAGUCGAUGAAAAUUUCUCGCAUUCACCUUGCUUUUAUAGUACAAUUGCCUAUUUCUUCCUAUCUAUAGAAUUGUAUUAAGAAAAUUUUACGGUAUUUCCGUAAUUUCUAAGCGUUUAUCAUGUUUUCGCAGGAACGUUUUAUACAAUAGAAAUUUAAAAUUUUGGCUAUGUGUUUCUCUUCGAGCUAAUAUUGUUUGCCUCUUUGCCCUUGUUCCAUACAAGAGUCUUGAAGGUUUUUCUUGGCAUUAUGACUCAGUUUCAGCAUGUUAUUUACUCAGAUGUGAUCAUGAGUCAUAAUAUAGGCAUAAGAUAUGAACGACGAGCUAUAAUAGAGGCAUUAUAUGCAUGAUGUGCAAUACUUUAGUAUUUAUGCUCGUUUCUCAUCGAAUGCGGAAACGAUUAUAAUUCUUCAUAUAAUUUUAAGUAUGAGACAAUCUUCGAAUAGAAAAUGUAUUUCUUUUAGGAUGUUCGUUAUCAGUUUCUAUAUGGAGUAAUUAUUCCUUAUAUCUCGCUAAUUUUUUAAUUCUACACUAGCACUUUUUAUCUAUUAUCCUCUCAUCUUAAUUGCAUCGUACGACUUCUUAACGUUAGUUAUUUCAUCUUUCAAUGCCAAAAAGUUCUCACCUUCAACUUCAAUAAAAUGGACUGAAUAUCAAUUCAGGCAAUGAGCUAAC